AUGAGUACAACCAGUGAAGCUUUGAAAAAUAUCAAAAAUAAACAGAGGAGGCAGAAGGUAUACACAGACAUUAAAAAGCAAAAGGAAAAAGAACGUCAUAAGUUAAGAGCUGAAAGAGCUGAAGAAGAAAGAUUAAAUCCUGAAUUGAAAGAAAUAAGAAUUGCUCAAAAUGUACCAGAUACGAUUGACUCCAAAAGAAUAUACGAUGAAACUAUAACUCAAGAAAUAGAAGGAAAUGAUGAAUUUGAAGAAUAUUUUCAAAAUUUAACAAAGGACCCAAAAAUAUUGUUAACAACAUCAAUAGGCGCUAAAAAGCCUGCUUAUGAAUUUGCAGAUAUGUUAAUGGAUUUCUUACCAAACGUCACUUUCAUAAAAAGGAAGAAAGAAUAUGAUAUUCAUCGAAUUUCUGAAUUUUGUUCGAAUAGAGAAUAUACUACAUUAAUGAUAAUAAAUGAGGAUAAGAAGAAAGUAACUGGUUUGACAAUUAUAAAUUUACCCCAAGGUCCUACUUUUUAUUUUUCAAUAAGUUCAAUAAUUGACGGUAAAAGAAUAAAAGGUCAUGGUAGAGCAACUGAUCAUCUACCUGAAUUAGUAUUAAAUAAUUUCAAUACAAGAUUAGGUAAAACCAUAGGAAGAUUAUUUCAAUCCAUAUUCCCUCAUCAACCUGAAUUACAAGGUAGACAAGUUAUUACAUUACACAAUCAAAGAGAUUAUAUUUUUUUAAGAAGACAUAGAUAUGUUUUUAGAAAUGAAGAAAAAGUCGGAUUACAAGAAUUAGGACCACAAUUCACUUUAAAAUUAAGAAGAAUGCAAAAGGGUAUUAGAGGAGACAUAAUAUGGCAAUUUAAACCAGAUAUGGAAAGGGAUAAAAAGAAGUUUUACUUAUAG